GGGUUCACAUCACAUCAAUGCAAAGAAUAAAAGGAAGAAGAAGAUGAAGAUGGCAAGUAGAGAUAGGAUGAUCAUGAUAUUGGUUUUCUGCUUCAUAUGCAUAAACUCAGUCAAAGUUGAAGCACAGUCUGCGACUCUUAUUGCUUCAGAAGUGGAAGCUCUGAAAGAAAUAGCUACACAAAUAGGAAAGAAUAAUUGGAACUUUAGUGUCGACCCUUGCAGCGAUGACAAGAGCUGGGUCACUCCAAAAUCUUCUGUUCAGUUCAAAAACAACGUCACCUGCAUCUGCUUCUUAUCUGAUGGUGCAUGGCACGUCACCACCAUCUCUCUUAGAGGGCAAGACCUUGCUGGUGUGCUUCCACCGUCUAUUGCAAAGUUACCCUACCUGAUAAAUGUUGAUUUCUCGAGGAACUACCUCAAUGGCAGCAUACCGCGAGAAUGGGCGUCAACGAAGUUGCAAUAUCUUUAAGGUCCAUUGCUGUGAACAACUUAUCAGGACCAAUCCCGAGCUACCUGGGAAACAUUACCACUCUAACAUAUCUGAGCAUAGAGAAUAACAUGUUCUCAGGAACUGUUCCUCCUGAGCUUGGAAACUUGGUUAACUUGCAGAAGCUUAUUCUUAGUGCAAACAAUCUCACAGGAGAACUGCCGGUGGCUCUUAUGAAUCUGACUAAGUUAACAGAACUGAGGAUUAGCAGCAACAACUUCACUGGAAGAAUGCCCGACUUUCAAGAAAGUUGGAAUCAACUUCAGAAAUUAGAGAUCCAAGCUAGUGGUCUACAAGGCCCCAUUCCAUCUAGCAUUUCUGUCUUGAGUAAUUUAACAGAACUAAGGAUCAGCGACUUAAAUGGAGGGGGUUCAGUAUUUCCAUACUUGAGCCAUAUUACAAGUUUGCAAAGAUUGAGCUGUCACUUAUCUGGACCUAUUCCUUCUUUUUUAUCAGCACUGUCACAGUUGAAUACAUUAGAUCUAAGCUUCAACAGAUUGGAGGGGAGCAUUCCUGAUUUGGCAGAUCUGACAGAUUUGCAGUACUUGUAUCUAACAAGCAACUUGCUUACUGGAUCUAUUCCAGACUGGAUCAAGAGCAGAGAUAAUCUCUACGUGAUAGAUGUUUCUUACAAUGAUUUUUCUGAGAGCUCUGAGUCACCUUAUUGUACAGAAAACCUAAAUGUGUUCAAAAGCUUUUCUGCACGUGAUAACUCAUUAUAUGCAGAGUGCCUGAAUAGCUCUCCAUGUCCAAAAGAUCAGUACUCAUUGCAUAUCAAUUGUGGUGGUAAAGCAACCACCAUUGGAGGAAUCAACUUCGAAGCGGAUCAAGACCCAGGAGGUGCAGCACAUUUCGUUCCUACAGGGCAUAGCUGGGAAUUCAGUAGCACUGGACAUUUCUGGAAUACUGGCGUCACCUCUAAUGACUGUAUAGCAAAUAAUGUUUCUAUACUCGAAAUGGACAACUCUGAGUUGUACACAAAUGCACGCAUCUCUCCUCUUUCUCUUACGUAUUAUGGACGCUGCUUUGGCAGUGGAAAUUAUACUGUGAAGCUUUACUUUUCAGAGAUUAUAAUCAGAGGCAAUAGAUCUUUUUUGAGUCUUGGAAGACGGAUCUUCGAUGUUUAUAUUCAGGAGAAGCUAGUGUUGAAGGAUUUCAACAUUGAAAAGGCUGCCCAAGGGGUUGAUAAGCCAUUCAUCUGGGAAUUUAAAGCAGUUGAGGUUAAGAACAAAACUUUAGAGAUCCGAUUUCAUUGGUCUGGGAAGGGGACAACAGCUUCCCCGAAUAGAGGAGUAUAUGGUCCCCUUAUAUCAGCUAUCUCUGUAGAGUUUGAGUCUGAUGAUGAUAGCAAAAGGAAGAUAUUUGUGGUUGCAGCUUCAGCUGGAGGUUCGCUUUUGUGUCUUGCUUUCUUAAUCUUAGGCAUUCUUUGGUGGAAAGGCUGUCUGGAUAGCAUGACAUCAAGGGGAAAAGCUCAUAGAGGACUGGAUGUGCAAACGGGUUUUUUCACCUUCAAGCAAAUUCAAGCUGCCACUAACAACUUUGCUCUGGAAAACAAAAUUGGGGAAGGUGGUUUUGGGUCUGUCUACAAGGGUGUAUUAUUGGAUGGUACAAUAGUUGCGGUUAAACAACUAUCUUCAAAAUCAAAGCAGGGAAAUCGUGAAUUCGUGAAUGAAAUAGGCUUGAUUUCUAGUUUGCAACAUCCAAAUCUUGUUAGAUUGUAUGGAUCCUGUAUUGAAGCAAAUGAACUACUGUUGGUUUAUGAAUACAUGGAAAACAAUAGCCUUGCACAUGCUUUGUUUGGUCCAGAGGAAGGUCAAGUAAGAUUGGACUGGCCUACAAGGCAGGGAAUAUGUAUAGGCAUAGCAAAAGGUCUGGCUUUUUUGCAUGAGGAAUCAGCACUUAAGGUUGUGCAUAGGGACAUCAAAACAACGAAUGUGCUAUUGGACCAAGACCUUAAUGCUAAGAUCUCGGAUUUUGGUCUGGCCAAGCUUCACGAAGAAGAGAACACCCACAUUAGCACCAGAGUUGCUGGAACCAUAGGAUACAUGGCGCCAGAAUAUGCACUAUGGGGUUAUUUAACCUUCAAAGCAGAUGUCUUCAGUUUUGGUGUUGUUGCUUUAGAAAUAGUUGCCGGAAAAAACAACAUGAAAUUUCGACCAAAUGAGAAUUUUGUAGGCCUUGUGGAUUGGGCUCUUGUUUUACAACAAAAAGAGAGUUUAGUGGAACUGGUGGAUCCAAGGUUAGGAUUGGAUUUCAGUAACGAAGAGGCGGUUAGAAUGGCCAAAGUAGCUCUGCUGUGCAUCAAUCCAGCAGCGGCACUUAGGCCUACCAUGUCUGCAGUCGUGAGUAUGCUUGAAGGGCGAACCCCUGUCGAUGAAAUGAUUAUGGAUCCAAGUAUAUAUAGUGAAGAAAUGAGGUUUACAGCCUUGAGAAAUCCGUUUGAGCAGAUUGCAGAAGAGAGUGCAGGUGGAACAAAGACCUUGAUACAUUCAUCAGAUGCAUCAUGGAAUGGUUCUUCUGCUCCUACAACAUCUUCAGAUCUCUAUAAAGUCAGUCCUAGUUGUGAGGAAAAGUAGACAGACAAACCUUAUUUCAUGCAGGCUCUGCGUCUGAAGGAUUUACGAUUCCCUACUUGUGUAAAAAACUUUGCAAGUUCUUCUAUCAUACACAUAUAUUCGGGGGUCCCAAGAGAUUAAUUGAAAUUUUAAAUAUAUUUUGCCGAACUUUCGAAUUUCAACGAAGUACUAAAUGGAAUCAUUCAAAUAAUUUUUUUUUUAUCA